UCCCCACCAAUUCAUCUACAAACUCCCACCUUCAAAUCUCCUCCCACUUUUUCAAUAACUUGAUUUUGGUCCAAUUUAACCACUAGACAUGAGAGGUAAACCAUACUACCCUUACAAUCUCAAGACAAUCUUGAUAUGUUUCUUCUUCCUCCUCUUCCUCUUCUUGAUCCUCCGAUCAACAUUCCCCUACUCCCAACCCACCCCCUCGACUCCGGCCACCCUCCACCCAUCGAACUCAUCGAUCAACUGCCCUUCCCUCUCCAACUCCGCACCAUCAUGCACCAAAAUCCCACCUUCCCUAGCCCACGCACUAGUCCACUAUGCAACCCUCAACUUCACCCCACAACAAACACUAAAAGAAAUCUCCAUUUCCCUCAAAAUCCUCGAAAAAAAAUCCCCAUGCAACUUCCUAGUCUUCGGAUUGGGCCACGACAGCUUGAUGUGGACAUCCCUCAACUACGGCGGCCGGACCGUCUUCCUAGAAGAGGACAAGGAGUGGAUCGCCCAAAUCAAGGCGCAGAUCCCAUCCCUCGAGGCAUACCACGUGACCUAUGACACAAAAGUGUCCCAGGCCGACGAGCUUCUGGAGGUGGCCUCCAGAGAAGAAUGUAGGGUCGUGAGUGACCCUAGAUUCUCCAAGUGCCAGCUAGCGCUGUCUGGAUUUCCUAGUGAGGUUUACGACGUGGAGUGGGACCUGAUCAUGGUGGACGCCCCGACCGGGUACUUUGAUGGGGCGCCCGGGCGGAUGAGCGCAAUCUACACGGCCGGGUUGAUGGCAAGGAAUAGAGAGAGUGGGGAGAGUGAUGUGUUUGUGCAUGAUGUGGAUAGGGUUGUGGAAGAUAGGUUUUCAAAGGAAUUGUUAUGUGAGGGAUACUUGGUUGAGCAAGAAGGGAGGAUUAGGCAUUUCAAUAUCCCUAGUCAUAGGACUAGUUCGGGUAGACCUUUUUGUCCAUAGACAUAAACAUAUGGAGUACUAUAUUAUACGUGUGUGACAAACUAUGCACCUCCUAUAUUUUGUGUUUCUUAAUUUUUUAUUUUUUGAAUUUAUGGAUUCGUAUUGAUUGUACGAGAUUUUCUGAUUAUAUAUCAUGAAAUUAUUAAAGUAUAGCAUAUUCAUCAUUUUAA